AUGUUCUUCAAUCUCAUCACUCUCGAUCAACUCUCGAUCAUCUUAAUCAGUUGCUUCAUCUUCAUCAGUUUCUACAAUACGUUCAGACAUCAACCACAACCUUCAAGUUAUCCAAUCUUACUUGGAAUGCAAUCUGAUAUUUCAAGAGUUAGAAGGAAAUCUGAAACUCCGAUCUUUAGAAAUACUAGCUUUGGUAUGGGAAUGCUUACCCCAAGCCAUUCAAUCAAGUCCUUCAACGAUCUCAUCUCACUCUCAAAUGGAAAGUUUGAUGGACUCAAGAAUCCUACCAACCCAUUUCCAGAUAAAUCAAUCGCAACAUUAGUACAACAAGUUCGACAAAAGAUUUUAUCUAUCUUGAAUGAUCUUCCUAAACCCGAUAAUCGAUCACAACACCCCCCUGAAAUAUUAGUCCUUCUUUCAAAUCCGUAUCUUUCAUUAACAGCCUUUACGUUACCAUACCAUACUCUUCAUAUCCAAAUCCCAUUAUCUUCAACUACGAUUCCUGCACAUAUUCAACAAGCUUCUGGUGGUCAACUUUCUCAACUUAAACUAGUGAUUUGUGAUCAUCAACUCGAAAGUGCAGUUAAGGAAUUUGUGACCAGAUCUGAUCUUCAUCAUCCUAAGAUCAUCAACAUUAAUGAUUUAUUAAACCAUUUGAGCUCAACUGAUUUACAUGAACAAAACGAAACUAAAUUACAAAGCGGACUGUUUACUUUUCUUUCUAGUGAAAGAGAUGGAGCUUCACGUUUGAUUAGUUUUGAACAGGACGGAUUACUUGCAGGAUUGACGGCUUCAUUAGGAUUACUUCCGAAGUCUAAGAGCGUUGGAGCUGAGGAUCGGGUUGCAAUACAGAUUCAAGAAAAUUCGGUAUAUGGAUUUCAAAGCUCAUUUGCUAUUGCUUCACUUUAUGGAGGUGCCAAGAUAUGUUUUUUUAAUAAGAUUGAAGAACUAAGUGAUUGGCAUCCAACGGUACUUGUUUGUCAAGCAGAUUUACUUGAAACGUUGGCCAAUGAAAUCCGAACACUUUCAUCCAAGAGUUUAAGACUCAAGCUAGGCAUCGGUCAAAGAUUGUCUUAUCUUUCUAGAGGGAUUUUAAUUGAAGGAGUUAAAGAUAAAGAAUUAUGGAUUGGAGAAAAGCUUCGUUCGAUUUUAACUUCUGGUCCAAUUACUCAAACAACAGCUAACGUUGUUAGAGCUGCACUAGGAGUUCAAGUUCAGCAAGUCUAUGCGCAUCCAUUGGUUGCAGGACCGGUUCUUGCUACUAUGUUCACUGACUUUCAAUCACUUGGUUUAAGUCAAGAAGAUCUUCAUUAUGGACCACCCACUACUAAUGUAGAAUGUAAACUAGUCGAUGUACCUGAACCAGCGAUCAUCAAUAACGAUGCAGUUAAAGGACAAUUGGCUGUUAGAGGUCCUACGGUAGCUGUUCAGAUUAAAGAUCCAAAGACUGGAGAGGUUGUAGAAGAUCAAUUGAUUAGUGAAAAGUUUUUAAGACUUGAUCAAGAUGCUCAGUUACUUAGUAAUGGGACUGUUAAGGUUUUUUUGUCGAAUGGAUUGGUUUAUGAUUCAUGA